AUGGCAAUUGAAAAAGUCAGUUGUAGAAGUGAUUAGUUUGGGGGACUUGUGUGGAAAAUCAGCCAUGCAUGCAUGCACUUAAUUUCAAUAAAUGUGUCCCCAACAACCCUCAAAAUGGAUACUUAUACCCAUUCAAAAUAGAUAUUUGCCCAUUAAAAAUAGAUAUUUUAUUGUUUGAUUUGAAUAAUCCCUCAUAUAUAGCUGAAUACUUUAGAAAACAGUGCCAACUGGAAAUCUCGGCUGGGAAUUGUAUUCAUUUAUUUAAAUUAGAGUAGCGAACAAAAACAUUUGUUAUAUUAAACCUGGUUGCCGUGAACAAAUAAAACUUCAAGUCAUUGCGUGUACUCAAUAAGUGUCGAUCUUCAUCACUCAAUUUGUGCAGGAAGAAAUUUGCAAAUUAUUUUUUCACUCUUUCAGGCGCCGCCAAAGCAAGUGCCAAGAACGAUUGAAAGCACCAGACUCCCAGAUGAGACAAUGGUUGCAGCUGAUGAUGAAGAGGUAACUCACCAAUAUUCAGUUAAUUGAAUUGGGUGUUUGAAGUCACAACGCGUUCGUGGAACCAUGUGUCGCACGCAACAUGGCAGAUUCUGACAAUAGAGAGGUUAAGAUACCCCGAUUCCGGUUUACGGGUACGGGUGAUAUACACGUACCCGUACCCAUAAAUCGGGGAAUAACUUGUAACUUAAGAAAUCCAAGAUACUCCGGCGUGAGAAAACCGAUCAGAGAAUGGCAAAUUUCGUUGUUGAGGUUCGCCAUAAAUUGUUGAAAACUUUGAUCAGCAUAUGUGCAUUAUUUAUUUGGGUAAGAUAUUGAAAAUUUGCACUAUUUAAACGGCCCAAAAAUAGCAAACAGAAAACACCCGCACCCGUUUGUCUUUUACGUGUACUCCAUGGUUUACCGCGGGGAAACGGGUAGAAAUUACGGGUAAAAUUGCUGACAUCAGCAAAAAUUGGUAAACAAAAUGGCGAUACUCGUGCCUGUAAACCGGAACCGGGGUAUCUUAACCUCUCUAAUAUGAAAUUAAUACCACGCUCAUAUUUGGUUUCGAACGCUUUUUAAGAGUACCUCGUGAUUCAUGUCUGAUCACGGAGCACAGCUACGAUGGAAAGUUCAGUUUGAACGAACCGACCUUGUUGCCUUCCCAUGCACUGGAAGGAAACCGGAGUACCCACGAUUCUCGGAAGAGAGUGAACUGAUUCUUGUCAUCAGGACGCAGCGAGAGUCAAACCCACGAUCUCCGAGGUGAAAGGCACUUGCUCUGAUGAUUGCGCCACCGAAACCCUAUCUGAUGGCAGUCCCAAGCCAAGGACACUCUUCAUAUAUAUUCAGACAUCAGACCCAGCAUACUAAUGUGAUUUUAUAUUUUGUUCAGAAGAAUUUCGAACACUGGGCAGUUAAAUUCCAUGGGAAAAUCCUAAAGUACAAUUCUAAAACUAUUGAGAAUUCCUGUUUUCGAGGAAAAAUCCCUGUAUGACCGCAUUACCUGCAUGAAAAACACUUUUAGUGAGCUAGUGUUCGGUCAGCACAUCAGUUAGCGUGCAUGCCUGCCACGCAUGCAGGCUACACAUCAGUUUGCUAAUUAGGAUUACUUCAUGUUGGAACAAUUUUGAGAACCAUAGUUGUUUGGUUCAUAGAACAGGCGAGGUAUUUCUGGGCUAUUUAUUUAGCCGAAACGAAUGUGAACUUCCAAGACAUUAAUUAAGUCGAUCCAAAAGACGAUAACCACUGUUCAGAGGACAGAGACAAACGAAGAUAUAGACAAAGGACGAUAACCACUGUUCCUAACACCCCUUCUAAUAAGGUCCCAGUCGAGAACCACAAACUAAAGUAAGCCCAGUAAGCUAAAUAGCGCCGUUGAGUUUCGGGAAGUGGCGCUAUAUAACUAUAUUAAAUUAUUAUUAAAUUAUUAGAUGGACCACAGAAGUGACAAAUACAGUAUAAAUCCCUGUCUAUUUCAACAGUGAUAUGUAUAACUAAAUUUUUCUACUGCAGAUCUUACAUGAUGAAGAAAGCGAUGAACUCAGUACUUACUUUAAAUGCGAAGUUCGACCCAAAGUUUUGUUAACUACCAGUAACAAACCAACUGUGGUAUGUACUGUUUCUAUGCGUUCUACAAGGGAUGGUGGUAGGUGGGCCGACUGGAGUUAUUGUGUUUGAAGAAUUUGUUGUGUUUGAGUCAAAGAUGCCUUUUUCAGUGAUAAAUUAUAUGAGAUGAAGAAAUUAUUAUCAUGAUUCUUAAAUUAAAGAUCUUAUUCUAUGUAUAACUAUACAUGAAGAAAUUCUUACGCUGCGAUAUUAAAGAAGGAGUUUUAGAAAAGUGUAACAGAAACAAAACGAUAAAUUUUGUGUACCUGUUUAACAUAUGUUUACGCGGGUUUUACGGGGUUGGCUAAUUCUGCUAGUAGAAUAUUCUUCCUGGAGGCCCUUUUUAUUCAUGAUCAUCAUGAACACGGAUUAAUGACGUGACAUUGUUUCAUUUACCAACGCAAUAUUUUUUUAUAGAAAACAGUGCAAUUUGUGGAUGCGUUGGAACAAAUCAUUCCGAACUCCGAAGUGAAAUACCGGAAAGGAAUUGAUAUAAAGAAGAUAAUUCCUCAAGCAAUUGAACGAGGUUUUACCAACCUUGUUGUGGUCAACGAAAAUCAUAAAGAACCAAGUAUCCUUUAUAACGUUGAACUCUCGCUGUUGAAUGCGCGUGUGCAUGCGUACAUAAGGACAUCUAAGUACGAAACUGCAAUGAAAGUACAUGUAAAAGUUAAACACAGCCAGGGUUUCUCCGUCUUUGCAUUGUCUCGAAAUGUUCUUGUACGUCAUGCAAUAUCUUACGAUUUUUUCCAAAAACUAUGGGACAUACACUCAUUACACUGUAAUUUCACAUCAUUUCCAAGGCAUACCCCCACCCCCACCCCCGUUCAAGUGAGUUUGAGAAGUUAGAAUUAGGAAUACUGAUUAGUAAGUUUGAGAAGUGAGAAGGAAUACUCUGAUUAUUCAAUAACCCAGGGUUAUUGAAUAAUCGUGAAAAAGUGGUUGUUGGUAGUUGAAACUGUUAAAAUAGUUGUUAAUAAUAAUUUACCUUGACCAAGAUAUCAGAUACCUUAUUGUUAAUACACCUUCCAGAUGGUCCAACGGCACAUUUUAAACUGAGCAGUAUCAAAUUAUCAAAACAGAUUAAGGUAUGAAACUUGUUUAAUGUGAUUCACUAAGCGGCUCAAUCACACACAAGCGGCGGGUCAAUCCAUAUUGUAGUUGGACGCUCUCAGUGUACAGUAUAUACGGAAUACCACCAGACGGAAUACCACCACGUCUACUGAAAGAAUUCUCAAGAGAAAUCUCGACAAGCCUCUGCAGUUUGUUCAACAUGUCCUUAACAACAGGCCGCCUAUACCUAUGGAAUGGAAACAUGCGAACGUUAUACCCAUCCACAAAAAAGACUGUGUCGAACCCGUGACCAACUACCGUCCCAUUUCCCUUCUGCCAAUAAUUUCCAAAGUUCUCGAAAGAUGCGUUUUCAAUAACAUUUACCCUUUUGUUCGUGUACUGAUCAAUAAUGUCCAACAUGGCUUCUUAAGAAAUCGUUCAUGUAUAACCCAGCUUCUAGGUAUACUACAUGACAUUGGUAAAAAUCUGGAUCGAAACAAACAAAUCGAUGUGCUAUACCUAGAUUUCUCGAAAGCGUUCGACUCUGUAGAUCAUGACAUCCUACUUCACAAACUACAAAUGCAUGGCAUAAACGGAACGCUUUUACGAUGGUUCGAAAACUACUUGAACGAUAGAUGGCAGCGAGUUGUCAUUGAUGGUGCAGCCUCUGCAUGGUCUCCAGUAACAUCAGGUGUACCGCAAGGCAGCAUUCUGGGACCGUUGCUCUUUGUCAUAUUCAUAAAUGAUCUUCCCGAUAACGUUUCACCCAGUACGAACUCAGCACUGUAUGCAGAUGAUUCAAAGUUAUACAGAGAAAUAAAAUCGGUAGAAGAUUGCCAGUUCCUGCAAGACGACCUUGCCAAACUGGAAAAGUGGAGCACUGAUUCAAAAAUGCGAUUUAACACUGAAAAGUGCAAAGUGCUGACAAUAUCAAGAAAGCAACACCCAACGCGAUUUCCAUAUCGCAUAUAUGGUAAUGAAUUAUCUCCUUGUCAAGUCGAGAAAGAUCUUGGUAUGCUCGUGACCAGCAAUUUGAAAUGGGGCCCACACAUACUGAAGAUGGUGGCGAAGGCAAAUAAAAUGCUUGGUAUCCUCAAACGCUCAUGCUUUGACAUUAACCACACCCAGGUCAGACGGACCUUAUAUCUAACGCUAGUUAAAUCUCAACUUGUUUAUGGAAGCGAGGUAUGGUGCCCUCCUAACAACAGCCACUUAUCAAAGAAAAUCGAAGGAGUUCAAAGAAGAGCAACACUGUGGAUACUAAAGAAGAAACGCGGAGAACUAAGUUACAAACAGCGCUUAAUGCAACUUAAUUUAAUCCCGCUUGUAUACGACAGAGAACAGAAGGACUUGAUAUUUUUCUAUAAAUGCAUGUACGGUCUCACAGAUUUUGACAUAUCGCAGUAUGUUGAAGUUACAACGGGAAGGACACGCGCGGCCACUUCUGGUCUUCUGAGAACACAAGCAUGCAAAACAAGUACAUUUCAAAGUUCGUAUUGUGUUAGAAUUGUUAAACUGUGGAACUAUGUUUGUACGUCUGCUCCUUCGUAUUGUUAUGUCACUGUCUCCUCUUUUAAGUCAUACUUGCGCAAGACUUACAUCCACCUCACUAGUACUUCCUACACUCCUGACUUACCUAGUUCACACUCACUUAUCACGACUCAAUAAAAAUAUCUAACAUUUCUCUCUUUGUCUUUUCAUUCUUUCUGUCUUUUCAUUCUCUUAGUCUUUUCAUUUAAUCUUCCUCGUCUUUGUUUCUUGUCUUUGUUUGUUGUCUACUGUCUAGUGGUGAGCACCCUGCAUGGGACAUAGUCUCGUUUGUGUUUUGCCACUUUUGGCACUUUCCUCGUCUUCUUGUACAAUGUAAUUGUCCGUUUAAGUUAUGUAAAUAUUCAGUUUUUUAUGUGCCAAAUUAAAGUUGUUAAAUUAAAAAAUAUAUACACGAGGCGAAAGGUUUGCAGAGACGAGACGAUGAUCGAAAUGCAUAUACUUUUUUAACACGUUCAGUUUAUAUGGAAGCGGGGCCUCGACAUUCUUCAUAAUUCAGGUCGGCAAAUGCUUAUAUGAGUUUUUUUGUUGCAUAUAGAAUCAUGGUAGAGCAUCAUCACACCGUCCAGAAGUGAUUUUAAACAACUUCAAGACGAGGUUAGGUCAUUCGGUUGCUAGGUUACUGGCAUCUCUGUUUCCGUAUGAUCCUCAGUUCCAGGGCAGACGUUGCGCCACAUUUCACAAUCAAAGAGAUUUCAUAUUCUUUAGACACCAUAGGUAAGUCAUAAGGUAUAUACAACCCCGGGGCGGAAGAUGUGGUAUAAAAUAUCUUAUACACAGUGAGAUAUUUUCCAUAUCUUCACUAGUGAAGAUAUCGAUUACGUGACUUUUUCCAAUUUGCUUUUGAGCGUGAAAUUUCACAAUUUUUUGCUGGGGACUAUAUAAUAAAGAGAACAUUACACCGUGGCUUGAAGAUAUGACUUUAUCUUCUCGUGUUAAAACGAUAUUUUACGAACGAGCGGUUUGACCACUCGAAGAUAAAAGUCAUAUCUUCGCGCCGCCGUGUAAUAUCCUUUAUUUCUCUGACGAGGCACGAAAUGGUUUAUAUCCUCCUGUGGCAGGAUUUACGCAAUAUUUGGCAGAGCAGGAAAUCACCUUGCUGGGACAUCCUGCUCGACCAAGUUUGUUUUAACCGAGUCUUAGGGGAGCUUCCCCAAAUGCCGCCUGGUUAAUCGAGCCUAACCAAUAAUAGUUCACUGUUCACAAAGUUGCCUGUGGAGGAGGCCAGGGGUACGGUAUGUUCGCCAGGGAGCAAAAUAUGGCCAUUAUGAUUUCCUCUCCAAUCGAUUGACAAUGUCUAACUUAUAAGUCGACAGGAUGAGGUAAACCAAGACCUGUGUGCCAAAAGCGACGGCCGAAAUAGAAAACGCAUCAGAAAUGAGUACCAUGGAUUUUGAACAGUCCCUAUAAGGGAAUCGGAAAUAGUUUACUAAUAUCUGAAUGGUAAACGAAACUUUUCCUUAAGGUUUGGGAUGGAUGUUAAAUUUGUUUUAAAAAUCAAGGUUCAGUCACCCAUACUUUUUUACAGAUAUGCAUUCGACUAUGAUUCCAUUGCCCGCUAUAUAGUUAUGAAUGUAGACAAUCUUAGACAAUGCACCCUUUCCCUUACUCACAAAUCAAAUUUAAUUGGUCUUUAUUUGAUUGUAUUAGAUAUAUUUUCAAGAACUCACAGAAAACUGGUCUCCAGGAGCUCGGUCCCAGAUUUACUUUAAAGUUGAGAUCGUUACAACGAGGAACAUUUGAUACAAAAUUUGGACAGUAUGAAUGGAUACAUAAGGUAAAUAAUGGUUUAAUAUGUUCCAUACAUCAGGCAAACAAUCUCUCAUUCAGACUAGAAACGUGAAUGGUGUUGACAAUGCUUCAAAUACAACGUUGUGUUGGGGGAAGCCCAGCCUUUGGAGGGCGUCCCAACAACUAAUCUUGUACUAUUUGUUUUAUUAGCGAAAAGAAAUGGACACAAGUCGACGAAAAUUUGUCCUCUGAUAUGUCAUGUCGUACGUCAGAGGAUACUAAAUAAGGGUUUUCCAUAACUAGCACGGCAUUGCUACGUCAAAAAAUAAUUGUGGACAUUCCAGCGCUUGAGGUCGGGACACCUCAAAUUGUGGAACAAGUGUGCAGGUCAAGGAUUAAAAGCAGCAGUCGCUUAUAUUAUAUCUACAAUCAUGGCAAAAAUUCCAUGGACACGUGCGCUGUAAACUAAAGUGUUACUUACUGUUUAUGCACACAUGUUGUAUCUUUGAUCGCCCGCGCUUCCCCGUCCACAAUGUUGGUGGUGACAUUGUAUUUCACAAAGCUUUAACCUAACCAAUUUACAUGUAUUCUAUAUACAUUGAGCGGGGGGAGGGGGGAGUUGAAAAUUGGAGGCAUUUCGUUUUACGCACGCCCUAUCUACAAUAGUUUUUGCCAGGAUUGUAGCGCUGACAUACAAUGCAGUAACCCAAUGUGACAUGCUGAUCAUGAAAUAUUACAUUUAAGGCUGCUUUCCAGUUAGGCGUUUUCCAUACGUGCGUUUAGGGACGGAAAAAUUUAAAUCUUUCCAAAUUCUUUAUAAGUACUAAUUAUCUCAACAAAUACAUAUUAAAUUAUACAGAAUCACUUUUUAUUUAUUCAGUUAUAUUUCACUGGUAAAAUUGAAAAGGAUUUAAAUUUUUUGCGUGCUUACACGCACGUUUGAAAAACGCUUAACUGGAAAGCAUCCUUUAUACAGAGGCGUGCAUCUGCACUUUUGGAAAAAAUUACCUUUUUUAUCAUUAAAUAUUGUUUAAAUCAAAAACAGUUUUUAGAUAACGUAAAUCGGCUUAACUUAAACGUCUUUGCUACGUCCGCUCAGCCUCAGUCAAUAAUUUUCGCACACUUUUUCUUUUGCAUUACUUUUUUAUAAAAAAAUCCCAUGCAGUAAGUUUAAAUAAAGUGUUCUUAAAUUAAUUAAUUAGGCUUGAGUCACACGUACACGUAAUAUUGUUCUUGUAUCCUUCAUAGGUCUUUCCUAACCACAAAAUUCUGACAAUAAAUCAAAUAUCUUGAAAUAACUAAAUAUUUAAUUUACUAGAUAGUUUGAACCAUGCAUGCACAAAACCUGACACUCCCAAGAUCUUAAAUUCGUAAAAUUAUUUUUAUCAUGUAUUUAACAUUUUAUUGUCAAGGUCAAUCAACAGCUGCGUAAAUUGCGUUCUUUUUUUUUGGGG